CGGUACAACCGCCCAUUGCAGAGAGAGAGAGAGAGGGGUGGGGGGGUGCGGAGAGACUUGUUCGCUUACAACAUCUCCACUAUAAACUCUCCCAACCAAUCCUCCGCCUCACCUGCUCUCUGACACUCCUCACAAGUAGUGCUUCAGAUCACCAACCCCUCUUUCUCUCUCUCUCUCUCUCUUCUCUCUUCUCUCUUCUCUCUCUGUGUAAUCAUCGUCGACGCCACCGACUAUAACCUCCAAGCGGAACACUCGAAUUGACGUUCGGAUUUCAAGGAGGAGAGGACGGAACAGUGAGAGCGCUUGAAUUAAGUUCCGACGAAGCUACUCGGCAGAGAAGAGUCAUGAGUGUGCAGCUAUUGGAUAUUAACCCCCGUGAACUCAAGUUCACAUUUGAGCUGAAGAAACAAAGUUCAUGUGUAGUUCGACUAGUAAAUAUCUCUGAUCAGUAUGUAGUUUUCAAGGUGAAGACUACAUCUCCAAAGAAAUAUUGUGUGCGACCUAACGUAGGCAUCAUCAAACCAAAGUCAAAAUGUGAUUUCACAGUCACUAUGCAAGCUCAGAGAUCAGCAUCAUUUGACAAGCACUGCAAGGAUAAAUUUCUAAUUCAAAGUACUGUUGGAACAUCUGGGACAACUGAAGAGGAUAUUAAUCCUGGCAUGUUUGCAAAAGAUAGUGGAAAAUACGUCGAGGAGAGUAAGCUCAGGGUCACAUUGGUCAGCCCACCCCAAUCUCCUGUACUGCUACCAGUUAAUGGAGUUAUGAAGCAGGAAGCAUCAAAUGAAACUUCAGUACGGAAAGACAAGCUACUAAGUGGAGUUGAGAAUCUUACUCCCCCUGUGUUAGCUAAGGAAGUUGAGGAUGUCAAAAGUAUUCCUGGUGCAGAGGAGUUGACACGAGCUAAGGAUUUGGAGUCAUGUCCAUCUAAGAACGUCGAGCCGAUACCAGUUAAGGAUGUGGAGGAUACAAAACUCAAGUUGAUUAGCCAUGUUGAAGAGCUGAAAUCAAAGCUGAAUGAGCUGGAAUCAAAACUAAGUGAGGCUGACACGAACAUUAUGAAGUUAACUAAAGAGAGGAGCACAAACAUUCAAGAGAAGGAAAAGCUCAAGCAAGAACUGGCAAUAUUGAGGAAGAGCGGGAGAAGAGUUCGCGUCGGCUUCCCCUUCCUUUUUGUUUGUAUGGUUACAGUAAUCAGCCUCACAGUUGGGUACCUUCUACACCGUUAGGGAGAAAGAAAUCUAUGUUUCAAAGUCCAAAACUGAACUGCUUGCCUUCGUUGAAAGGGAUGAAAGUGUAUUUAGAGAUGGAUAUAUGGAGUUAGCAGUCUGUUUAUCAUUGCAACUCUAUAGCAAUAUAAUUUGGCGUAUUGACAUGCUGCUCUUCCGUUAGUGGCACAUGUGUAAAAAACCAAUGCCUUUUAAAAAGAAAGGAAUGGAAUUUCAUUUUUAUUU